GAAUCGUCUGGAGUAUAACUUCAUUAAUUCAUUAAUUUUAGUAAACGAAUGUGAUAUAUUGUAGUAAAAAUUUUCUGUUAGCAAAAACAGCUUUAAAAUUUCACUAGUGCGAAUUCAAUCGGAUCAGAUCAAACGCUAAAUUUUAGUAGGUGUUAAGCGCCAACCCACAAAAACCACCACAAACUAGUAACCACCGCGCACAGUCGACUGUCUGAAGAGGCAGCCUUGGAGCAGAUCACCAAUGGAGUCACCUGGCAACGACUUGGAGCUGGAUUGCUCCGUGGCUAAGCGAGAGGAGCUGGGUAAGAGGAGCAGCUACAACAGUCUGCCGCGGAAGACAUCAGUCCAGAUGGGGCAAGCAGCCAAGGGUCAUGACUCGCAGGAUACCAGCUCCAGCAUGUCCCGUGACGAGCAUCAUGGAGACGGACAAGGAGACGCAGAUCUCGCACUCAACGAGGUGGAUGAGUCCGAUCCGAAGCUUGAUGACGAGGAUGAGUAUGAGUGCGAGGGGAGGCAUCGGAUACCCAAACUGGGGCAGAAGAGAUCCGUCUCCUAUCGCACUUCCGAACGCGCUCGAGAUGCUCGUUUGCAGAAGCCCCAAAACUCCGGCGAGAUUGGGGCGAAGCUGAAGGAGGAGCUAUGUAAGUACAAGCAGGAGCUGCAGGAGUACAACGAGACGACCAAGGAUCUGGAGGAGAAGUACAUGAAGAUCAACUACGAGCUGAGCGGCCUGCAGCAGAAGCACGACCACUUUGUGGCCACGCGGGGCAGCAGCUCCGACCAGGAAGAGGAGAUGGGCAGCGAAAUGGACGGCGAUGCUGAUGUGUACAACUACAAAUCCUCGACCAGCAUCGCCUCCGAUGUGUCCCUGGAUCAGAGUAGCAGCAAGAUCUUUCGGAGCAGUAGCAGCUUCAUGACCGUCCUGGAAGCUCCCAACUCCUACGAGGAUCUGCCCCAGAAGAAGAAGUACCCCAGAGAGAAGCACUCCACGAAGCAGUCGCCGCCGAAGAAGAUGAGCCUGUCCGAGCAGGUGGGCGACGACUACAGCAGCCACAUUGUGGAGACUCUGGCCAGUCGCCAGGUCAGGCGGCGCCAUCGCUCUAUAAUGGAGCACGACGAUGAGGAUGAUGACGAUAUGGAGGAUCAGGAGAACCAGCCGGCUUCGAUCAAGGAUGUCUACAAGGUUCUCAAAGACGUGAUGAACACCUCCCAAGAUCACCACAAGUACAAGCACGAACGAGCACAUCCAAGGGAGCGCGAACGUGAACGGGAGUCUGGCAGCUCCACACGGGACCUCUACUCGACGAUCAACAACCUGAAGACCGAGCAGGGACAGUACCGCAACAUCAUUCGACAGCAGAAGGAUCGCCUCUCCGACUACCAUUCGCGCUGUGUCAAAGCCCAGGAGAUCAUGAAGACGCAGAAGCACGAGAUCGACAAGCUGCACGUGAACAACAAGCAGCUGGAGUCGAGCAUAUACCAUGACAUCGACUCCCUGCGCUCGAAGAUCGACUCGAAGCUGAAGAACAUCUCCCACCUGCCGCAAAUGAUGCGGGAGGAGCACAGCAAGUACGAGAAGGCAAUGCGGGAGAACUGCAAGCUGGUCGACAAGCUCCGUUUGCUGCACCAGGAGGCCAACCAGCUGAAGCUAAAGAUCGAUGAGCUGGGGCGCCGCAAGCUGGUGACCAUCAACAGGCUGAAGGCUGCCGAGCGUGACUUGAAGAUCUUCAAGAACUACAAUGCGGCCCUGAAGACGGAGAAGCGACGCCUGUCCGAGGAGCUGACCAGCGUGAAGGAGCAGCUGGAGUCCCUGCAGUCGGCCAGCAAGCGGCAGAUGUGCCGCCAUCGGGAGCAGAGCGAGAAGCAGCGACGUGAGCUCCAGAAGCGCAUCUUUGACCUGGAGCUGAAGCUCAGCCGCAGCCAGAACUCCACCUCCAGCCUCAUCCAGGAGCGGGACAGCCUCAUCGCCGAGCUGCAGGCACAGCUCCACACGCUGGUCCAUAACUUCGAGGUCUCCCAGAAGCACAUCCGUGUGUUGCGAAGACACAUCUACUCCAUGACUUCGGGUGGCAGUGGCAUAAGCGGUGGCGGAGGAGUUGGUGGCACUGCCAGUUCUGGCAUCGGCUCGGCUCACUCCCAGCGGCCCAACGAGUCAUCGGGCAUCGGCCGGGCCAAUCAAAGUUCCCAGGGAUCCAGCGCCGGACGCAGUAAUCCACGCAUGAUGCUGAUGAAGACCAAAGCCUAGAAUCAGCAAUCAGCGGCCUAAACAACUUGAAGAUAUGGCUCACACCCUCAAGAAAAAGCAAUGGAGAGGAAGAGACAGAUGGGUGCGAUGCAUAUAAUCAAGUUGCAUGGGUGUUACACGUCGUUUACUGCCUGGAUUCUGUGAAUACAAUUUAUUAAUAAUA